AUUUUCUUUUAUAGCAUAUCAUGGUCUCUACAACACAAGUCCAACAUUAACAUAUUUUAAUAUUGCUCAAACUUAUAGCUACCAAAAUAGGUGGGAUUUUAAUUCUAUAUAUACAAUUAGGAACAUAGGUAGUUUUAUUCUGUGAAACAGAAUUUGAUCAUUUUAUUCUUUAACUUCAAUUAGCUACACUUCUGUGCCUUAGAAUUGAAGUGCAGUGUAAUUAAUUAGUUGCAAUGGGUGUUUGGUGGUGGAAGCUGCUUUUUGCUAUUCUUGCUGGGAUUAUUUCUUCUUCUGAACUUUGUGCUUCUCAGAAUGAUCCGAAGUAUAGAUUUACACAAAAUGCAACCUCAGCAGCAGAGAUCUCAUACUAUGACUACAUAAUAAUUGGUGGAGGCACAGCAGGGUGUCCUUUAGCUGCGACUCUGUCUGAAAAAUACAGUGUUUUGGUGCUUGAACGUGGUGGGUCACCCUACGGUAAUCCUAACAUCACAAACUUAACAUCCUUCGGUGCUGCUCUCUCCGACACAUCCCCUACUUCUCCAGCUCAGCGUUUCAUCUCACAAGAUGGCGUCAUCAACUCUAGAGCUCGAGUCCUUGGUGGCGGAACUUGUUUGAAUGCUGGCUUCUACACUCGCACCAGCCCUCAAUACGUAAGGGAAGCUGGAUGGGAUGGAAGAUUAGUGAAUGAAUCUUACCUAUGGGUAGAAAAAGUGGUGGCUUUUGAGCCAGAUGUACAACAGUGGCAGUCAGGUGUGCGAGAUGGAUUAUUGGAGAUAGGGGUGUUGCCUAACAAUGGCUUCACUUAUGAUCAUAUUUAUGGGACUAAGGUUGGGGGUACCAUAUUUGACCACCAUGGUGACAGGCACUCUGCUGCUGAUCUUUUGCAAUAUGCCAACCCAACUUCAAUCACUGUGCUUUUGCAUGCCACCGUGCAUAGGAUCAUGUUCAGAACCAAAGGUGUAUCAAGGCCAAGGGCCCAUGGAGUAGUGUUUAGGGAUGCAUCGGGACGUAAACACAAGGCAUACUUGAAGCAUGGGUCAAAGAACGAGAUUAUUGUGUCAGCUGGUGCACUUGGAAGCCCACAACUUCUAAUGCUGAGUGGAAUUGGACCAGCAGACCACCUUCGGGCCCAUAACAUUAGGAUAACAUUGGAUCAGCCGUGGGUAGGACAAGGAAUGUCAGACAACCCCAUGAAUGCCAUCUUUGUCCCAUCUCCUGUUCCUGUUGAGGUCUCACUCAUUCAGGUCGUCGGCAUUACCAACUUUGGUAGCUACAUUGAAGCUGCUGGCGGUGAAAACUUUGCUGGUGGUUCUACAACAGAUUAUGGAAUGUUGUCCCCCAAGAUUGGUCAACUUUCGACGGUACCUCCAAAGCAAAGAACCCAAGAAGCCCUAUCAAAAGCAAUAGAAUCAAUGGAGAGUGUUGACAAGACAGCAUUCAGAGGAGGAUUCAUCCUAGAAAAAGUAAUAGGUCCAAUUUCAACAGGUCAUUUAGAGCUGAAAACCCGUGACCCAAAUGAAAACCCAUUAGUCACUUUCAAUUACUUCCAAGACCCACAAGACUUAGAGAGAUGUGUAAAGGGGCUUAGCAUAGUAGAAAAGGUAAUCGAGUCCAAAGCUUUCUCACAGUUCAAAUAUCCAAACAUGCCCAUUUCUGUGCUACGAAACUUAACCGCAAGUGCUCCGGUUAAUCUAUUGCCUAAACACACAAACAGUUCAUUGUCGUUGGAACAGUUUUGUAAAGACACUGUAAUGACUAUAUGGCAUUACCAUGGAGGUUGUCAUGUUGGGAAAGUCGUUGAUAGGGAUUAUAAGGUUAUUGGUGUUGACGCAUUACGUGUUAUUGAUGGUUCAACCUUUAACUAUUCUCCGGGAACUAAUCCUCAAGCCACCGUCAUGAUGCUUGGCAGGUAUAUGGGAGUCAAAAUACUGAACGAGAGACUUGUUGCUUCUGCCGCUGAAUCUUUGGAUGAUAGAACUUCAAUUCAAGAAAACAAAUAUUGAUUUUAAAUAAUCGAUAUAAUUGUUGUAAUAAGACAGACUCAUAUUCUCUUUUAUGAAUUUUUGUUCGCGUAGUAUCUUAGGAUUAUCUCAUUUUUUCGGAAGAAAAAAAACACCAUCUAUCAUUUCUAUUUUUUGAUACAAUAUUAGGCAUGACAACAUAACAAGCACGGAAAUAGAUUUCGUCUCUUCCACUCCCACAUAUGACUAAUUAGAAGAAAUAUGUAUUCAUUUCUAUUUUACAGCGAGUUUGAAAUUUAUGUCUUAUUUUCACCCGCAA